CCAUUAAGCCGCCUGCUGGAAAACAGUUGGGAAUACUUCGCUUCGACUUCUCCGGGAUAUCUUUCUUUCUUUUAAAAAUACCCAAACGAUACUUUUCUACAUGAUUUAAAGAGGGGACACUUGUUCUGUACCGCGCAGUCGACUUGUUUUUGGUGUUUUUCGUCGUUGUGAAGGAUGGCACUGGACGGGAUCCGGAUGCCCGAUGGCUGCUAUGCCGACGGGACGUGGGAGUUGAAGAUGCAUGUCACCGACCUCCACAGGGAUGUUUCUCUGAGGGUCACCGGAGAAAUCCACAUUGGUGGAGUAAUGCUCAAGCUGGUGGAGAAACUAGAUGUGAAGAAGGAUUGGUCAGAUCAUGCUCUGUGGUGGGAAAAAAAGAAAACAUGGCUUUUGAAAACCCACUGGACAUUGGACAAGUACGGCAUCCAAGCUGAUGCCCGUCUGCUCUUCACGCCACAACACAAACUGCUGCGCCUGCAGCUGCCCAACAUGAAGCACAUGAAGGUCAAGGUGAACUUCUCAGACCGGGUCUUCAAGGCUGUGUCCGACAGCUGCAAAACGUUCAAUAUCCGCCACCCAGAGGAGCUGUCUCUACUGCGCAAACCCCGGGAUCCUAAGAAGAAAAAGAAAAAGUUGGAGGAGACGGAGGAAGACGAUCUUGAGCUGGAGGGUCCACUGUUGACUCCUGGAUCAGCCUCUGAGAUAAUAUACAUCGGACCUGUCAAAGGGAGUAUCUACUCUAGUCCAGGCUUAUACAGCAAGACUAUGACCCCGACCUACGACUCCAGGGACGGCAGCCCCCUGUCACCCACCACAGCCUGGUUCGGAGACAGCCCGCUGUCUGAGGGCAAUCCCAGCAUCCUCGCCGUCAGCCAGCCCAUUUCCUCACCAGACAUCCUGGCCAAACUCUACAAGCCUCAGUCUCUGUUGGAUAAAGCCAAGAUCAAUCAGGGGUGGUUGGACUCAUCCAGGUCUCUCAUGGAGCAGGAUGUGAAGGAGAAUGAGGUUCUGCUGUUGAGGUUCAAAUACAACUGUUUCUUUGACCUCAAUCCAAAGUAUGAUGCCAUUCGAGUAAACCAGCUUUAUGAGCAGUCCAAGUGGGCUAUCCUGCUGGAAGAAAUUGAGUGCACAGAGGAGGAAAUGAUGAUGUUUGCCGCCUUGCAGUACCACAUCAACAAGCUGUCCAUCAUGUCUUCAGACAACCACAUGAAUAACAGUGAGAAGGAGGUGGAUGAGGUGGAUGCAGCCCUGUCCGACCUGGAGAUCACUUUGGAGGGAGGGAAGACAUCCAACGCGCUGGGUGACAUCACAUCUAUUCCCGAGCUAGCAGACUAUGUCAAAGUUUUCAAACCCAAGAAACUGACACUGAAGGGCUAUAAGCAGUACUGGUGCACAUUCAAGGAUAUCACAAUUUCCUGUUACAAGAGUAAAGAGGAGUCACAUGGGACGCCCGCUCACCAAAUGAACCUGAGAGGUUGCGAGGUAACGCCAGAUGUUAACAUCUCAGGCCAGAAAUUCAACAUCAAGUUGCUGAUCCCGGUGGCCGACGGCAUGAAUGAGAUCUGGCUUCGGUGUGACACGGAGAAACAGUACGCUCACUGGAUGGCGGCGUGCCGCUUGGCCUCCAAAGGGAAGACCAUGGCCGACAGCUCGUACAAUCUGGAGGUCCAGAACAUUCUGUCCUUCCUCAAGAUGCAGCACAUGAACCCCGACCCUCAGUUCAUCGAACCAAUCACCACCGACAUCAACCCGGAGUGUCUGGUGUCCCCACGUUACCUAAAGAAGUACAAAAACAAGCAGCCAGGCUCUAUCAGGGACUUGAUUUCUGCCCGGAUUCUUGAAGCCCACCAGAACGUGGCCCAGAUGAGUCUCAUUGAGGCCAAGAUGCGCUUCAUUCAAGCAUGGCAGUCCCUGCCCGAGUUUGGAAUCACACAUUUCCUUGCAAAGUUCCAAGGAGGAAAGAAGGAGGAGCUGAUCGGAAUCACCUAUAACCGUUUGAUCCGGAUGGAUGCUCACACUGGAGAUGCAAUCAAGACCUGGCGCUUCAGCAACAUGAAACAGUGGAACGUCAACUGGGAAAUCAAGAUGGUGACCGUGGAGUUUGCAGACGAGCCCAGUCUUUCUUUCAUCUGCGCCGAAGUCGACUGCAAGGUGGUCCACGAGUUCAUCGGCGGCUACAUCUUCCUGUCGACGCGCGCCAAGGACCAGAACGAGUCGCUAGAUGAGGAAAUGUUCUAUAAGCUGACCAGCGGCUGGGUGUGAGCGGCCCCGGGCCGGCAGGAGUCGGGGGUCGUAGGUCAGGGGCCAGGAGGACGAGGGGCCGGUGGUGGGAGGUGGAAUUGUAUGGGUUUAUUUUAUUAUAUUUCUGUCUUUUUAAGUGUAUGAAACUGUGUUGAAGAGUCCAGAGCAGCACAAUUAUUGCCAUGGCAGACACAGGUUUUGUUUUUGUGUUUCUUUUGUUGUUUUGUUUUUUUUUUUGCAUUAACCUUGACAAGGUAAUUUGUUAAAACACUAAUCUUGUGGUGGACACUGUCCAGAUGAAGCUCUGUGGUUGAGCAGAAGCCUGACACCACCCGAACCCCCAACCGCCUCCUCUCCUCCUGGAACGAUGGCCGCCUACUCACGUCCAUGACAACCCUUUAAUCAAGCAUCACAUUGAAUCCCAAAGAGUUUUUUCUUAUUUUAUUUUUUUCCUUCUUUCCUCUUCAUUUUCCUUUUCCCCUUCCGCUCUUCUCGAGAGUUGGACUUAAGGAGCUGACACUAAAACAUAUUGUGAUUACGGUGCCACAGAUACCCGCAGUUAUAGCUUAUUAUUUAUCAUAAAAACACUUCACCGUUGAGUCCGGUGAACUCAUUUCAGCUCUCCGUGUCCAUCCUGUCCUCUCUUCUGCCUUCACAUGUAAGCACUUCUGCAGUAUACAGUCCUGUUCAUGAAUAAGCUGUUAAAUGUCCUUUUUCUUCUCUUACCUGUCCUUUUUUUGUUUCACAGCUUGUAUUGAGUCUCCGUAUUGAUUAUGUAUUAGCUGACAGAAAGAUGUUGAGUCUUUUUUUUGUUUGUGUGUGUGUAUCGAAUAGACUAUUAAAGCUGUGCAUGUCUAAAAACACUACAGAUCGUGGACUGGGAUGAGCAUCCUGUUGCUUUAAGAAACGGCCUACGUAAAGUCCGGCCUCUUUAAAAAAAAAAUCAAGUUGUUACAUACUUUUCAUAGUUUUAGGGGGGGGUUCUACUUAAGAUGUAAAACCUCAUUCCAUUGAUAGUUGUUACACUUGCUUUUGAAAAUGCAAAUUGAAGUUUGAGAAACUUCUUAAACUGACAUCUCUAUACAGUUUUCUGACUGCCAGCACCCAGGUUGGUUAAUCUAAUGGCAUAGAAGUACAUAAAAAUGUGCCAAAGAGCGGUAACACUUUACCACAAAUGACCAUUUAUGGCAUUUAUGGACAGUUUUAAGCAGACAACAAGUUGCUUCAAGUGGCAACCAGAGAAUUGAGACGGCAGAUGUGUCAUUGUGAAGUACAUGUACUCGACAUCAGAGGAGGAACGCUAUCACUAUCCCUUGUAACGCCUCCUACAUUAAUGCAAUUCUGUUUCUCACACCAUAUAGUAUUAUUAUAUGUUUGUUAUGAAUACACACCAGCAAAAGGUCAUAGAUUUUAAGGAAUGAAUAUGCAAACUUUUUUUUGUGUCCUCAGUAUGAAGAAUUGAUGAAGUGUUAUUUUUUUGUAACUAAUGUAAAAACACAAACGUUUUAUAGAAUUGUACAGAUUUUUUUUCUCUUUUUUUUUUGUGGUCAGAUUCGGGGAUUUGGAGGUUUUUCCUUUCAGAUGAAAGGGGGUAAGCCAUUUGUCAACAUGUGUAGUGUUCAGAGUUGUAGCUGCAAAUGUUGUGGUGUUACAGCGUUUCCAGAUGAAGAUAUGUAUGAAUAUAUAUGAAGAUGACACUAAUCUCAAACUCCAGGCUUUUUUAAAAAUAUGUUUUUGUCUACCUUAUUUCUUUCCCUGAAUCUCAGAUUCACAUGCAGCCUAACCCUGUAUUUAGCAUGUCCUGUGUUCUCGCAUUUGCACUUGGCCCUGUAGGUUGUUCUUCGUUAUCCUCUAAUGACGUCCAUUUAUGACUCAGUUCCUCCUUUGAAAGUUGACAGUGAUUCUUUACGUGCAUUUUUUUUUCCUCCUGCAAAUUUUACUUGCUCAGUGUUUUUAUUUUAAUUUAAUUUUUUUUUUUCCACUAAACUUGUUUUCUCACAACUGAAGUGUGCCGUUUAAUAAUGUCCACAUGAAGGAGACCCUGGAGUUUCAGACAAAUCAGCAAAAAAAAUAAAUAAGUCUGUUUUCUUUUUACCUCUUUCUGAUGCUUUUGUUUGCCUCCUGUGUCUGGAGCAGCAGUGCAUGUCCUGCUGUUCUGUUUUCUGACUGUAAAAAUGCAUUUAUUUUAAAAAAAUAAAGUAAUUUUUAUUUAAAAUGA